AUGACGCUAAACGACUUCAUCAGGAGGUAUGUUGAUCCCAAUUUCCUGUUCGAAGGCCGCAAUGUAAUGAUGGAGGUGUUUGCUCGUAGGCCUGAGACUUACGUCACGGACCCGGGGCUUCGCGGGGCCAUUCUUAGCGUACCAGAGUGUCAGAAGUACGCGCUUCGUGCGGAAGUAAUCAAGCUAAUGGAGCAUAGAUUGGGUACCCUUCAACACUGGAAGGGUUUUGAACACAAGGAAAUUGUUUUUCCUAUUACAAGGACAAUACUCCAAUCAGCCCUUGACGCGGCGGAGGCAAACGAAAGUGCAACUCGAAUACUGGCAGUUGGCAGACUGCCGAUACCGGAUGGUUUCUACGACUCAGUGCUAAACGCGCAAUGCAGCCACGCCUUGGAGUUUCACGAGGGCGAAGGAAGCCACAGACGGUUGCGCAUGAAGGUGAAAGCAGGCCAACCACCAACACAGUUGUGGGAUUACACAGUGCAGGGCAGGACUCUUCUGCCGGUGGAAGAUGCAGAGCAGUUUAUUGCACCGCGCCCCCGGCUGAUGAUACUCACCUCGAAGCAGAUGUGGCCGUACUCCCUGGAGGGGGAGCCUCUUGCCGACUGCUACGUCAACCGCGAAGUGCAGCGGGUGUGGCGGAUCGUCGAAAGGGAUCUUACCGAAUGGUUUACCACCCGCGAAGGGGAAUUGCAGGGGCCGAUGCGGCGGCUCUUGAUUGGGACGCCCGGCAUCGGGAAAUGUAUGAACGUUGGCUCCUACCUUCUUUACCAGCUGCUGCGCUACGGCGAUACGAAACUCAAAGUCGUUGUCUACUCCUUUGGAAUAAUCUCGGCAUACGUGUUUGACAGGACGACGAAAAAAGUGACAAACUAUGAGGGAGCGGGCAAUGUGAGAAGGGUUUUGAUUGCUUUGGCUGCGAGUGGAAUGGAUGGAUUUAUUAUCUACGAUGCGUUUCGCCAGGGUCAAGGGCCCACGCGGGAUUUUCCCCCCGUCCGCGCAGGGGGCAUCAUUGUGUUGACAUCCCCAAGCGAAAAUAACUAUAAAGGGUGGGCGAAGCAAAGAGAUUGCCAAAGGCAAAACAUCGUGAAUUGCCCUGACUAG